ACUAGUGGAGUGAAGGCGUAUUUGGAGGGAUAACGAUAACACGCUCGGCCACAGUGGGAGAAAAGACACGGCUGCUGCUGCCACAGUGACUAACACACGUACACGAACACACACACACACAUACAUACACACACACACACACACACACACACACACACAUACACACUGCUCACCGACUGCUUGAACCGGAGGGUCGGUCCUCGCGACUGUGAGGCGUAAAUGGCCACAACAUUUCCCAAAAGAAGACGCUUGCCCGCAAGACAACCUGUGCACCAGAUGCGUCCUGGAAAUUAGGACGCGUUUUGUUUUUUUUUGCUGUUCAUCAGACCCUUUUUUCACACCCAAAGGGAGUUUUUGUCAGCUUUUUCUUUGGACGGGGAUCUUGAUCAAUACACUGCAAUCAUGGACGAGGAUAACCAAGUACCUGAGGACCUCUCUUUGGAGGAACGAGAUGAGCUGUCGAACAUACGGCGCAGGAAAAAAGAGCUUCUGGAUGAUAUUGAACGGCUGAAGUUUGAGAUUGCCGAGGUGAUGACUGAGAUCGAGCAGCUAACCUGUGUAGGAGAGAGCAAAACAACGCAAAGAAAUAAACAGAUCGCCAUGGGGAGGAAGAAGUUCAACAUGGACCCGAAAAAGGGGAUCCAGUUUCUGUUAGAGAACGAUCUUCUCCAGAACACCCCAGAGGACAUCUCUCAGUUCCUCUACAAAGGCGAAGGGCUCAACAAAACAGUCAUCGGGGACUACUUAGGGGAACGGGAUGACUUCAACAUCAAGGUCCUUCAUGCGUUCGUGGAGCUCCAUGAGUUUGCAGACCUCAACCUCGUGCAGGCCUUAAGGCAGUUUCUGUGGAGCUUCAGACUUCCUGGCGAGGCCCAGAAGAUUGAUCGUAUGAUGGAGGCCUUUGCCUCCAGGUACUGCCAAUGCAAUCCCGGCGUCUUCCAGUCGACAGAUACCUGCUAUGUCUUAUCCUUUGCCAUCAUUAUGCUGAACACGAGUCUGCACAAUCCCAACGUCAGAGACAAGCCCCCCGUGGAGCGCUUCAUCUCCAUGAACAGAGGGAUCAAUGAGGGGGGAGACCUCCCAGAGGAGCUACUCAGGAAUCUAUACGACAGCAUCAAGAGCGAACCCUUUAAGAUCCCAGAGGAUGACGGGAACGACCUGACGCACACCUUCUUCAACCCAGACAGAGAAGGCUGGCUGCUGAAAUUAGGGGGCCGAGUGAAAACCUGGAAGAGGAGGUGGUUCAUCCUGACCGACAACUGUCUCUACUACUUUGAAUACACAACAGACAAGGAGCCCCGUGGGAUCAUCCCUCUAGAGAAUCUCAGCAUCAGGGAGGUGGAGGAGCCCAGGAAACCUAAUUGUUUUGAGCUCUAUAACCCCAAUCACAAAGGCCAGGUGAUCAAAGCCUGUAAGACGGAGGCAGAUGGUCGUGUUGUUGAGGGAAACCACGUGGUGUACAGGAUAUCAGCGCCAACGCCAGAGGAGAAAGAGGAGUGGAUUAAAUCCAUAAAGGCAAGCAUCAGCAGAGACCCGUUCUACGACAUGCUGGCCACCAGAAAGAGACGAAUCGCCAACAAGAAGUGAAGAGGCACAAUCUUCUCAACAUCCAGCCCCUCCAUCUCUCUCUCCUUCAGCUCAUGGACACAUUUUGCCUCUGUUUGACCAGAGACAUGACUGUCAACCCUCAGAAAAGACUUCACCCCCUGAAGACAAACCUCAGCUCUCCCCUGGACUUCUCUCAAGUCAUGUGCACUUGCUGGGGGACACACCACACACUACAGAGAGGACAGCAUAGCUCCAGGAAGCUCAUAUAUGUGGACAUGCAUGGAGCGAAACAUGGUCAACCAACCAGCUGGUUUGUUUUUCUGCCAUCUCAUGCACACCCCCUACCUCCCCAUCUCAUUGUCAUAACAUGUUUGUAUGUCUUUUUAAAGCACAACUGCCAUGUUUCAGGUGCACAUGCAUGCACGUGGGUUAUUAUAGACCAAUUUGUUUGUGUGUGUGUGUGUGUGUGUGUGUGUGUGUGUGUGUGUGUGUGUGUGUGUGUGUGUGUGUGUGUGUGUGUGUGUGUGUGUGUGUGUGUGUGUGUGUGUGUGUGUGUGUGUGUGUGUGUGUGUGUGUGUGUAGCAGUGUGCGUAGCAGUGUGCAUGCUAUCAGUGCAUACAGCAUCUACAGUAUGGACGCAAACGACAUGCUAGCCUCCAGUGUGCACAGGGUGAUAAAUAUGUAUGUGGAUGCAGACAGGUGGAAGAGGAAGUGAGGAAGAGGAACAUUGAGAGAGGACACCUCACCUGGACGAUGUCAUCAUCUCACUCUGGUGCUGAAUUACUCCUCUACAGGUGCCAUGGCUGAAGCCCUGCUCAGAGUAACCUCAGAAACAUUUAGGUUCCUAACAAAGCAUUACAGUCUGAAGUCAGCUGGGCUGAUUUCAUUUAUUUGUGUGGAGCAGAGAAUUUUUGAAAUGUGCAUACUUUUUUAUUUUAGUUAAGUAGAGAAAGGAGCUUUUGCUGAGGCCUGAGAUGAAACCUGCUUAGAGUUGUAAUCCUUAAGAUUUCCAAACCCUUGUUGAUGUGGAGCCACGUGUGUAGAGUGGUGCCAAAAGCGAAUACAGGUGCAGCUGACAAAACUCACAUUGUUUCAAUGAAGAAGUAGAACUGAAAUAGCUGUAAACUGUAAACAUUCUUCAUGCUGCACAGACACAAGUUCACAAAACACUGCACUGUAAAGUAAGCACUACAUAAGAUUAGUAAGCAGUGCAGGCUGGUCAAUAGAGGGCGCUGCCAAACUGCUCCCUACCAGGAGAAUAAUAAACUUUAAAAAUAUACACAGAGAUUUAUUCAAGAGAAAAGUGAAUAUUAUAUUGUGAGUUAAAUGUAUCAUCUACACAGCUGAAGUUACUGAUUGGUCAUGUGUUGGUUCCGGUCUGGGGUGCAAAACUCUUGAGUCCAGGGCCUCCAUUGGCUCUUGUUUGAAGUUUUACAUGCACAUUUGCUCCUAUCCAAGCGAUAGAGGCUUCUUUGAACUCAGAAAAACUGCACACCAAAUCCUUCAAACCCACCAACAGGUGGCAGCAGAGAGUGAAUAAGUCCUAUGAAUUGAUAGAUAAAUAGCUGGUUGUAUCGUGUUGCUGACAAUCAGAAAGAUGCACCAGCCUCCACUGUGACCGUUGAAAAGCUCCUUUGUUUUUUAAAGUUGAAGACUUUAAAUGUAAGAUGCUGGGUUAACAAUAAACGGUAAUAUGACAUUUUUCUAAUAAGGCUUUAAAAGAGUGAAACGUAAACACUGAAGUAUCUUUCUGAUACAGUUAAGUACAGCAGAUUGACUGAAAACUCUCUUUUUGAUGCACAUUUAUAUCCAGCCGUGUUGUUGACCCUUCCACCACCACCUACAUAGUUUAGUGAGAUAUUCACUUAAUAAAUCUGCUAUAACAGAUUCAAUGUUGAACCUAAAUCUUAAGGAUUAUUACUCAUGUCUUCAGAGAAAGUCUUUUUAGUCUUCUGGGUAGGUUUUAAUGAUGGCUGUGUGGCUGUGCAUCGGCCCAGUAGGGUACCAGUCCGAUUAAGCUUUUGGUUUUGACCUACAGUAUGUGAGUGAAGGUCGAUGUGUUGUCGUGAUCCCGUUUGCAUUUGGUUUGUAAUCCUAAAAACCCUUGCUUGCUUUUGUGUCCCUCUUUAAACGUAUAUGAAUAUAACCGACUUAUCCUAUUUUCUUUGUAUUUAUUUCAUUUGUGAGAUGGUUUGAUACUUUCCUGUGAAUGUUCCACGAUGUAUGCUUAAGUUAUGUAUGUACAUAUAAUGUAUAGGUUUCCAGUCUCUUUGUUGUAGUAUGCACACUCUGUGUAACAUGUUUGAGCAGAAGUUUGCAUCAGCUGACGUUUGGGGUCUUCUUUACAACAACAACGACGAAAAGCCUUAAACAAAUCAUGAAAAAAAAAUGCGAUGAUGACGAGAAUGAUGAUUACAGAGGUGAAUUACUGUGAUGACGCCGUUUAAAAGCCAUGACUAGUGAGAGACAAAGAUGGUUGUAUUUUCAAUGAUAAAGAUUAUGAAGACGAUGUUUGAUGUUAAUGAUGAUGAUGAUUAUAGUGAAGUUAUAUCAGUGAUGAUGAUGAUGCUAUUAUUCAUGAUGAUGUCAAAAAAAAAAAACCUAUCAAACCUGUAGUUUUCUAUGUGAUUUUGGAAUCAGAUGAAGAAGCCUUGUGGUCAGGGCUGAAUAUUAUCUUGUACGUCCCUGCAGGGCUCAUAUUAACUUUUAUAUUCUCUGUAAAGCUAUUGGUCACGUUGUACAUUACGUGUAUCUAUAUAAAGUAUACAUAAAGCUGACGGCA